CCUAGGGAGCGGCUGGUCCCUGCGCAGAGCGACCACUUUCUAGAGAUCCCGUUCAAGUCCCGACAGCUCUCCUCUCUCGGCGCUCUCCAUCCGGACCCCUGGUCCCAGUCCCUAGCAGAGACAUGGAAGAAUUUCUGCAACGCGCCAAAUCUAAACUGGAUCGAAGUAAACAGUUGGAGCAGGUCCAUGCGGUUAUUGGACCUAAGUCAUGUGACCUGGAUUCUCUCAUUUCUACCUUCACAUAUGCAUAUUUUCUGGACAAGGUCAGUCCUCCUGGGGUCCUCUGCUUGCCAGUGCUGAAUAUCCCAAGAACUGAAUUCAACUACUUCACAGAGACAAGGUCUAUUUUAGAAGAGCUGAACAUCUCUGACUCAUUCCACAUAUUCCGAGAUGAGAUUAACCUGCAGCGACUGAAUGAUGAAGGGAAGCUAUCAAUAACGCUCAUGGGCAGCCACGUCCUGGGGAGCGAGGACAGAACUUUGGAAUCCGCCGUUGUCAGAGUCAUUAACCCUGGAGAACAGAGUGAUGGUGAGCUGGGCUUUGCGGAGUCUUCCUCGUCGCUGGUGCUGAAGGAGCUCCUGCGUGAGGCUCCGGAGCUCAUCACCCAGCAGCUGGCACAUCUCCUCAGAGGCAGUAUCCUGUUCAAGUGGAUGACCAUGGAUCCUGAGCUCCCAGAGAAGCAGGAGGAAAUUCUCUCCAUCCUGGAAGAACAGUUUCCCAACCUGCCUCCAAGGGAUGAUGUCAUCAGUGUGUUGCAGGAGAGCCAGCUCAGUGCUCAGGGUUUAAGUCUUGAACAAACAAUGUUGAAAGAUCUAAAGGAGCUGUCAGACGGUGAAAUAAAAGUGGCCAUCAGCACCGUGAACAUGACCCUGGAGGACUGCCUGCUUCAUAGCAACAUCACCAGUGAUUUGAAAGCCUUCACAGACAAGUUUGGCUUUGAUGUCCUCAUCCUAAUCGCGAGCUACACAUCGGAGGAGCAGCAAAGGCAGCAGAUUGCUGUGUACUCCCAGAACCUGGAACUGUGCAGCCAGAUUUGCUGUGAGCUGGAAGAAAGUCACAACCCUUGUCUGGAACUGGAGCCCUUUGAAUGUGGCUGUGAUGAGAUUCUGGUGUAUCAGCAGGAGGACCCUUCUGUGACCUGUGAUCAGGUGUUUCUUCUUCUCAAAGAGGUCAUCAAUAGGAGGUGUGCAGAGAUGGUCUCUAACAGUCGGACAUCCUCAACAGAAGCUGUGGCGGGCAGUGCGCCUCUGUCCCAGGGCUCUUCUGGGAUUAUGGAAUUGUAUGGUUCUGACAUAGAGCCACAGCCGAACUCUGUGAAUUUCAUAGAAAACCCUCCAGAGCUCAACGAUUCUAACCAAGCUCAGGUGGAUGUCAACAUAGACCUUGUUAGCCCUGACAGUGGGUUGGCCACUAUCAGAAGCAGUCGCUCAUCCAAGGAGAGCUCAGUCUUCCUCAGUGAUGACAGCCCAGUGGGAGAGGGUGGCGGGCCUCACCACAGCCUUCUCCCAGGAUUUGAAUCCUACAGCCCCAUUCCUGAAGGCAUAGUUGCCGAGGAGCAUGCACGCUCCGGGGAACAAAGUGAACAUUUUGACCUCUUCAACUUUGACCCAGCACCCAUAGCUUCUGAGCAGUCCCAGCCAUCUUCCCAUUCGGCAGACUACUCACCAGAAGAUGACUUUCCCAACAGUGAUUCAUCAGAAGGAAACCUCUCUGCUGGGCCUAAGGGACUUGGUGAGAUGGGGAUCAACAUGUCCAAUUACUCCUCUAGUUCUCUAUUGUCAGAGGCUGGUAAAGACAGCCUUGUGGAAUUUGAUGAAGAGUUUGUCCAGAGACAAGAAAGCUCAGGCGAUAACUCUGAAAGAAAUUUAAGCCUGACAUGUUUUGUGGGAGAGGAACCUGCUUCCCCUGAAGGGCUGAAGAAUACUGGGAAAAGGAUCCCACCCACACCUAUGAACAGCUUUGUUGAAAUCUCACCAUCAACUGAAGAGCCAGCUCCACUCUAUCCUGAGGAAAUAAUCCAAAAUACAAUUGAUGCAGGACAUCUGGGCCCACCUCAGACCCGUGCACGGUGCAGAAGUUGGUGGGGUGGCUUGGAAAUUGACUCUAAAAAUAUUGUAGAUGCAUGGAACUCCAGUGAACAAGAGUCUGUCUUCCAGAGCCCUGAGCCAUGGAAAGAUCAUAAGCCUGAACCAGUUGAGAGGAGAACCUCAGAUUGCACAUUCCAACCAAAGAGUCUUGGAUUCCCAAAGUCAGAUCCAUGGGAAUCUGAAUUUGGGCAGCCUGAACUGGGCAGCAAAGAUACCCAGGACCAGACGGAAGAAAGCUUGCAAUAUCAGCACUCGCCUACAGUGAGGCCACAUUUGACAGAUGCCUCUGCUCAAGGGACAAACCACCUGAUAGAGGACUUCGCUGCUUUGUGGCAUUCAGGACAUUCACCCACAACAAUGCCUGAGCCCUGGGGAAACCCCACAGAUGCUGAUGAAGCUGCAGUUACGAUGUCCUUCCCCACCUGGGGGGCAUUUGAUAAAGAUGAUAAUGCGGACACAUUAAAAAAUACUUGGAAUCUUCAUCCCACUAACAAUGAGACGCCUUCUGUGCAGGACCCAAGUGGAUGGGCUAUGGCCCAAAGUGGGUUUUCUUUCCCUGCGGGAGACCUACUGGACAAUUCCCUCAUUGAGGUAAAUAAAGAUGCAGCCCCAGAGAUCUGGGGCAAGAAGAACAAUGACUCCAAGGAUAACAGUCUUACAUCUAGAAGUCCCAUUUCUGAUCUGGGUCAAACAUGGAAUAAUUCUAAGCUACCAGGGGAAGACCAGGAUGACUUGGUGGAUCCUAAAGCCAGAGGGCAGGUAUAUGAAAAGAAAGGGUCCUGGAACCUCUUUGAGGAGAGUGUUAAGAAAAGAGGAGCUGAUGUCUUAGCUCCUUGGGAAGAUUCCUUCUUGUCCUAUAAAUGCUCUGAUUACAGUGCGUCCAACAUAGGAGAAGAUUCAGUCCCAUCUCCCUUAGACACCAACUACUCCACUUCUGACUCUUACACAUCACCAACAUGUGCUGGAGAGGAAAAAGAAACGGAAAGCAAGCCGAUUGCUAAAGAUAAUGGUUUGGGGGCAAGAGAUGCCGAUUUUCCUGCAGAGGGCAUUGAGGUUCUUUCAUCACCACCACAGCAGCCUCAGAGAAAUCGAAUUGGUUCUGGUCCUGGGAACCUAGACAUGUGGGCAUUGCCUCAUGCAGAAGAUAAGCCUGAAGGAAAUGAUGCACAUCACCCAGAGAAAGAUUCACUCAAGAUAGAGCAUGCAGAAGAUAAAAAUGCUUCCAUGGAGGAUGAUAUGGGAGAAAGCAGUCCAUCCAGUUAUGAUGACCCUAGCAUGAUGCAACUAUACAAUGAGGCAAACCGGCAGCUCACCCUUCUACACAGCAACAACAACUCACGCCAGACAGCCCCCGACAGCCUUGACACAUGGAACCGAGUGAUUCUGGAGGACACGCAGUCCACUGCAACGAUCUCGGACAUGGAUAAUGACUUGGAUUGGGAUGACUGCAGCGGGGGUGUGGCGAUCGGUGGUGACGGUCAAGCAGGAGGUUAUGUAGCUGCAAAUAGUGAACCUGAAACCCGGUUCUCAGUGAAGCAGCUGGAACCAUGGGGCACAGAGCAUCAGGAAGCAAAUCAGGUAGACUGGGAUCUCUCCGCCUCUGCUGAGCCCACAGGGGACGCUGGUCCCAGUGAAUACCAUACUCUGAAUGUGAAAAGUGGGCAGUUAAUUGCCAACAGUAUUUGGGAUUCUGUCAUGGGAGAUAGAGACAUGCCAUCAUUCAGACUACCAAGCCCACCAAACACUGGAGAUGUGGAACAUGGCGCUUGGCCUUCUGAAAGUUCCAGGCAUUCAAUAAAUGGGAAGGAUGGCCACAUGUCGGAAGCCUCUGGACUCAGUGAGUCAGGAGGGCUUACAUCGCAUCCUGACAACCAGGACACAUGGGUAGACUCCCUAGGUAACACAGCAUCCUCGGUGGCCAGGCUGGCAAGUUCAGAACACUUUGCCCAGUCAGAUUCAUGGACAGGCCGUAUUUACGGGCAGAGUGAAAGUGAGAUUGAAAGCCUGACAGCCUCUGAUUGUGACCAUCUCGACAAGGAGACAGCCAAAGACUCUGGAGUGAAUGGUGCCCCAUGGGUUUUUGGCAAAGAGCCCAUUGACCAGGAACUCUCUUCUUCAGAUGCAUUUGAACACCAAGAAAUCUGCAACGCAUCAGGCAGAGUCAGUUCUCUCUCAGUCACCUCCAGUCCUCAGAGUGAGGAGUCAGAGGAGGCCUUAGACGUUGAGAAGGAGCCUUACACUCUAGACUCCCUUGCUGGACAAACAGAGACACCCACAAGUGAUUCUCAGACAAAAGACACCCAUGAAGAAUCUCUUAUGGAUAAUAGAAAUCUGGAGGAAGCCAACACAACAUUAGAUAGGAUUAAUCUAAUAAAAAAUAUGCCUUUAUCUGAAAUGGAAUUGGAGGAAACUGAAGCCUGCAACAUUCUGAGGCCAGAAAGAGCAAAUGGAAAACUAAUUUAUGAAUCUCCUCAAAACUUUGGUGUUUGGGAUGGCCCUACAGAUAGCGAUGUGUGGGACAGUCAUAUAAGUUAUGAGAUAGCUAUGAACCCUACAUGUCAGAGAACUGAGGAAAGGUCUCUGGAAGCCCUUUCACCAGGAAAUUAUGACAAAGACAGUCUCUCUAGUGAGUGCACUCAUUCCAGUGCAUCGAGUCCUGACCUAAAUGAUUCCUCAGUUGCUUUGUCCUCCUGGACCUAUGGACCCAGUGCUGACCAUCAGGACGAGAAUCGAGAUGAUAGAAACAAACAGAUUCACCAAGAAUCAGAACUGUUUACCACUGAAGCCCAUGUGGGAGUCAUUACGGAAAUGAAGGACUUUGCAAAACCCAGGAAGGAUGAAUUUGGAAAGAUGUCUGAUCAGGAGGAUCCUCAAUUUCCAGCGAUCUCAAAUGAUCCCUUCAAUGGUGGUUCCUCAUCCUCUUCAUCCAGCCUUGGAACAGAUAAAUAUUCUGAAUAUUCUCAUGCAUAUCAGGAAGGAAAUCUAAUGACUGGAGGUCAAGAGGAAAAUGAACUUAACUCUCUGGAAAUUGCGGAGCCAGAGGGUACCAGGAUCAUAUCCACAAGCUCAGGCUCUGGUCAUGACAGUGGGGGUGAGGAAGAGUUGCUCGAGAAAGAGCUACAUCUGGCCACAGUUGCUCAGCAUGAGUCUGAGGCUUGCAAUUCAUUGCCUGAUCCCGAGUUCUUGGUCACAGAGCAAUCCAAGCCUGAGCUCUCUGUCUUUGUGGGUAGUUCAGAGCCAAUAGAGAACGAGAAUAAGUCAAGCCCAUUCUAUGACAGUCAACAAAGCAGCCCUGGUCAGUGGAUUUUGUCACCACUCAUGCAGGCUGACACACAGGACACAUCUAAGGAGGAGGAGGCCAGAGCUGCAGACAUGGGGACAGUGAUGGAUACCAUGUGGCAGGGAUCUGCCAGCACUGACCAUAAGGAUGGAGACCCUGACACAUUGGAAAUGCUUGGCUUCUCAACUGACAGCAGUGAGUGGUGGAAUCCUGCUGCUCGGGAUGGGAAAGCAACUGCCAGUGUGUCCGCAGAGGAGUUGUCUAACUCGGAGGGUGAGUUAGAGACGACUUCUCCAGUGUUCCAGAAUGCAGGUCCAUGGAGCGUGCCCGUUCAGGAUGAUAGUACACCCGUGGACACGGGCAGCACUAAUCCUUUCAGUGGUGAACUAAAGUCACCCUUUCUAGAUAGUGAUGGGGACGAGUCACAGGAGAAACUUUGGAACAUUCAACCGAAGCAGCUGGAUUCAGAUGCCAAUCAACUCAGUCAGCUUGUAAUCCUGGACCAAAUUAAGGACAAAGAUUCUGGACAGCAAACAGCCAUGUCUUCUGCUGCUGGUGACCUUCCUUCAGAAACUCUCGCCCAAGAGCAGUGUCGGGAAUCUAUGCUGUCGGUCUGGGAUCCUGCAGGGCCAGCCUUGACUCACAGAGGUGAAAAUGGAUGUGUUAGCACUGGCGUUUCACCCACUGAGUGCCAACAAGAGAACGGGUGGGAACCAGAAAAAUCCUACCUCAGCCACGUGACCCAUUCAAGAACUCCCGAAAAUCUCGACAAGAUCAAUGCUCCCACACAACUGAUAGGGAAGUCGGACUCUGACUGGGAUAGCCCCAGCCCCAGUGAGCACCAGCAUAACUUUGUUCCAGAUAUUUUACAUGGCAACUUCGAAGAGGGCGGGCAGCUGGCUUCAGCUUCACCUGAUUUGUGGAUGGAUGUCAAGCAGCCUUUCACUUUCAGAGCAGAUGGUGAGAAUCCUGAUAUAUUGACUCACUGUGACCAGGACAGCAACUCUCAGACAUCCAGCAGCCCUGACGUGUGUCACGAUUCUGAAGGAAAGCAAGAGAUGGAGACGCACACUGGUGUUUAUCUGGGACCUGAAGUGGAACCCAGUGAGUUUUAUCUCACUGAGCCGAACAUGGAUGAUGCACCGACUCGGGAACCGGAGCAAGAAUGUCUCCCACACAGUUCAGAACUCUACUCAGAAGAUGCAAUGCCCUUGCCUCCGAUCAACAGUCAGAAAGACACAGACGACUUAUCUAAGCCUGCCUCUUCAGAAAGUUCCCCAGACCCCUCUGAUAUGCAUGGAGACAUCAGUACAAGUCUAACAGCAUUGGACGAAGGCGCCAACCCAGAGGUAGAAGAAGCAGUGGACAGGACGAUCCCGGGCACCAGAAGUGAAGAUGCUGACACUUUUGAAACUCACCAGGAGGUCUAUGAGGAAGGCUCUUGGGUAUCGAAAGACCUUUGUCCUGAAAGCCAGACAGGCACCAGAGCUCAGCUUGACCGUGAGCAACCUUUUGCUUCGGAGAGCCCUGCUGUACUCACUGACAUCUUCCUAGCCUCUGAUACCUGCCUGGAUGUAAGUGAAGCUGCCUUGGACCACAGUUUCAGUGAUGCGUCGGGCAUCAACACUUCCACAGGCACUAUAGACGAUAUGAGUAAGUUGACUCUAUCGGAAGGCCACCCUGAAACACCAGUUGAUGGGGACGCGGGGAAGCAUGAUAUCUGUUCGUCUGAAGCUUCCUGGGGUGAUUUCGAAUAUGAUGCAAUGGGCCAGAAUAUUGAUGAAGAGCUGAUGAGAGAACCCGAACACUUCCUCUAUGGUAGUGAUCUUCCGUCCGAGGAAGGCACGACGAAGCAAUCACUGGCACCAUACACACCCCCCUUUGACUUGUCCUACCUCACGGAACCCAGUGGCUACGCGGAAAGCGCACAGGGAGCCGAGUCCCCAGACGACGCGUCUCUGGGAAGUGACGCAGCAGAGAUGCUGCUUUCUGCUCUCCCUGAUCAAAGGGAGGAAGACAAGGCUGAGACCAACAUCAGGAAACCUGGACACCAGAUGACUGUGUUGCACAUUCAUGAAGACCCCGAGGCUCUUUCUUCACCUGUGGGAGGAACGGGUUCCAAUAAAGAGUCCUCUCCAUCAAACAUUGACUGGGAAAUAGAAACAGAUAAUUCAGAGUCACCAGCAGGUGGCGACAUGAACCCACCGAACGGCAAGGAGAUAUUGGAGUUCAAAGAUGAGAAAGUAGUUCCCACGAAAGGGCCAGAGCAAACAAAAUUAGAAUACAAGGAAGAAAAACAGGCAGGGAAAGGUGAAGACCACCAGGUACUGGCUGUGGAUUACAUACUUGUAAACCAUGAAAAUGAUUCACCACUGAAGCCAGAGGCCAGGGAAGCAAGAGAAAACAGAGCCGAAUCGGAACAAUUCUCCACAGGUUCCGAAGAAAGGGAGCUACCAGAAACUCAGCGAGCAGGCAUCCCAGACACGUGUCAGCCUGAGUCUUUAAAUGAUGUCAAAGUUCAUUCUGCAGAGAGAAUGUCUUCCAACCACAAGAACACGUCUCUUGAAAACCCUGUACAAGACCAGAGUUGGAUGGUCUUGAGCCAUAGUGAGGUUGGUGAUCCACCUGCAGAAACCAGGGACUUGGGAGCUGGGUCUCCGCGUAGAACUGUGGAGCCAUUCUUGAGUCUCAGUUUGGACAAGGGCCCCCAGUCCCAGGUUCUGGAAAGAAAAAAGCCUCUAGAUUCUUUGGCACUAGAGGAAGUUGCUGCUUUGAGCAGCCAAUCAAGGAAGAGCAAGAGACAAGGUCAAGCUGGUCUAGAUGCAGUUCCAACCCAGGCUGCCACCCACGACAAUGAAUGGGAAAUGCUUUCGCCACAGUUCUCCCAGAAAAACAGGAACCCUCCACAGGAAGUACAAGAAGAGACACGGUUCCCCGAGCCUGGACCCAGAAAGCCAAGACCAAAAGGACCCCCAUCAGAGGAUGAAGGAAUGGAUAUCCACUUCGAGGAGGGAGUGCUGAGUCCCAGUGCCACAGACAUGAGGCCGGAACCUCCCAAUUCUCUGGAUCUCAAUGGCAGUCACCCUAGAAGAAUCAAACUUACAGCCCCAAAUAUCAACCUCUCUCUGGACCAAAGUGAAGGAUCUAUUCUCUCUGAUGAUAACCUAGACAGUCCAGAUGAGAUUGACAUCAACGUGGAUGAACUCGAUACCCCUGAUGAAGCAGAUUCUUUUGAAUACACUGGCCAUGAAGAUCCCAUGGCCAACAGAAGCUCUGGUCAAGAGUCAGAGUCUAUUCCAGAGUAUACGGCUGAAGAAGAGCGAGAAGACAACCGGCUAUGGAGGACGGUGGUAAUUGGAGAGCAGGAGCAGCGGAUUGACAUGAAGGUCAUCGAACCCUAUAGGAGAGUCAUUUCUCAUGGAGGAUACUAUGGGGACGGUCUGAAUGCCAUCAUUGUGUUUGCUGCCUGCUUUCUGCCAGACAGCAGCCGGGCGGAUUACCACUAUGUCAUGGAAAACCUUUUCCUAUAUGUAAUAAGUACCUUAGAGCUGAUGGUAGCGGAAGACUACAUGAUUGUGUAUUUAAAUGGAGCAACCCCAAGGCGGAAGAUGCCAGGGCUAGGCUGGAUGAAGAAAUGCUACCAGAUGAUUGACAGACGGUUGCGCAAGAAUUUGAAGUCAUUCAUCAUUGUCCACCCGUCUUGGUUCAUCAGAACAAUCCUUGCAGUGACUCGGCCUUUUAUAAGCUCAAAAUUCAGCAGUAAAAUUAAAUAUGUGUCUAGUUUAUCCGAGCUCAGUGGGCUGAUCCCCAUGGACUGCAUCCACAUUCCAGAGAGCAUCAUCAAGUACGAUGAAGAGAAAUCUUUUAAGAGAAGUGUGAGACUGGAUGAACAACUGAGGGAAGCGUCAGAAGCGGCUAAAACUAGCUGCCUUUACAAUGAUCCAGAAAUGACUUCUAUGGAAAAGGAGUAA